AUGAAGGCCAUCGUUCUAUCCAACCCCGGAAGCCCAUCUCACUAUUCUUUCGAUCAAGUCCCUGCUCCCUCUCCACUCCCAGGUCAUGUCACUAUAAAAGUCAAGGCUUUCGGACUAAACCACGCUGAGAUGCAUAUGCGACGUGGAGAAUGGGCAGAAACACAUCGAAUUUCGGGCAUCGAAUUUGUCGGUAUUGUGACUGUCUGUCCCAACAACGAAUUCCCUGUUGGCGCCAAGGUUGCUGCUCUCAUGGGCGGUAUGGGGAGGACUAUAGCAGGAAGUUAUGCAGAGUACACUCGUGUUCCUGCGAGUAACUUCGCUUUGAUUGAAAGCAACUUGAGUUGGGAGGAUUUGGCUGUUAUACCAGAAAGUUAUGCUACUGCUUGGACGUGUUUGUUCCGAAAUUUGGAGUUGGAAAGGGGAGAGACUUUGCUUGUCAGGGGAGGAACAAGUGCAUUCGGUCUAGCGGCAAUAAACCUGGCAGUGGAAGCUGGAGCGAAGGUCAUCGCUACAACAAGAAACUUGAAUCGCGAAAAGAAGCUCCUUGAUCUAGGUGUUAAGCGAGUCAUACUCGAAUCCCACACUCUAUCUGCCGAAUUUCAGGGCUGCGAAAACAUCGACAAAAUCCUCAAUCUGGUCGGAAAUAGCGUGCUGCUCGAUUCUAUGCAUAUUCCAAGACGCGGAGGAAGUGUGUGUCUGGCUGGUUUUCUUGGUGGGCUCGAUCCGAUCCCGGAGUUCAAUCCUUUGGCUCAGUUACCGAGCGGAGUACAGUUUAGCUUCUUUGGGAGUUUUCAUUUUGGGACGCCUGGCUUUGCACUUUCUGACGUUCCAUUACAGAAGAUUGCUAGCGAUGUGGAAGCUGGUAAGUAUGAGGCCAAACCAGUGCGAGUUUUCAAUUUCGAGAAAAUCGACGAGGCGCACAUACUAUUGGAAGUGGGUGCUGGAGGGAAGAUUGUUGUGACUGGUGUUGACAAAGAGGAUGCAUGA